GCUCAGGAGGCGUCCGACUGCCUGCGGGCCGAGCUGACCUUCGGGGCGGUCAGCGCGGCCGCGGCCGCAUGCCGGACGGCGCGGGCGGCCACCGAGGGCAACGUCAGCUUCGCCGAGUUCUUCGGCCAGCGGCUGCUGGAGGUGGACGGAGGCGCCGACCGCGACGGCGACCCGGCCUUCGGCCGGCCGGAGGAUUUCUCGCGGUGGCUCAAGAGCGUGCCCGAGGCUCCGGCCGUGGUGGAGGCUGACCUCUGGCCGCUGCACGCCCUGCUGGCCCCCGGCGACCCCCGGCGCCGGGCGCUGCGCGCCGCCGUCCGCAGCUACGUGGCGGCCAAAGCGCUGAGGGUCAACUGCAGCUGCGGCCGGAGCG